AUGCAAUAUGAGUUUUUUAUUUCUCAUGCAUGGUAUCAUGGACAGCACGCCUCUUUAUGGAUUGGUGGGGAGCAGAUUUUAGGCUUUCAGCUGCUAAAGUUGGGAAGCCUUCCGACACUAAGUACAUCAAGAUUUAUGGUUUCCCCGCUGACUUUCACUAGUGCCAAUACGAGCCGUGAUAUGUGCCAUGAGGAAAUCCAGAAAAAAACUGGAUAUAUUUUAAUGCGGGCAGAGGGAAUUUAUGAUGUGGAUGCUAAUACAUCAAUUGAUCAGCUUUCUGAAGAUCUCAGAUUCUCAAUAUCAAAAUACUGGAGGGUACACCAAGAUGAUGCAAUGGUGUCCAAAGAUGUGAUACGCUUGGUUCCCAAGAUCAUGAAAAGAAAAUGGACGAGCGAUGACGAGACUAACCACGAUGAGGUCCCAUACCAGGAGCAGGAAGAGGAUGAUGGUGUUUCUGAUAAUUCUGUAAUUUUCAAACAUGACAACAUUGAUGACAAUCUUAAUACACUACAGUUAAAUUACACAUAUGCUCUUCUCGUUCUUACACCACCAUAA